ACGCCAUUGAAUCCUCACCUCAUUCUCAAUCAUCUUUUUGACGAAAUAGAAGAAGAAAAAAAAAAAAAAAAAUCACUUUCUCCUCUGCUACGCUUUCUUUUCUCCCCUUCAUCACAAAAUGCUGGAUGAAACUUCCGCCACAGCCGCCGACGUGGCGUUUUGCCCCAGCUUCAGUAGCUACUCUUGCGACCGCCUCGCCGACGUCGCCGCGGCGGCAGCGGCAGAAGCAACAGUGAAUUCAUCGGAAAACGACGAAGAAUUCGAGUUCGUCUCCUUCAGCUGCGCGGAUCCCGAUGCGAUCGAAUUAGGAGACCACCAGCAAUUGGUUUCCCCUGUUCUUUUCCCUGUGUUCAACCGAGAUCGAUUUUCCAGCGACACUGAGGGAUGGAGCAGCGAUGCUCCAGCAGCGGCCGAAACGAUACCGCGUCCGCUGAGCGAGUUGUUCAUGAACGAUCGAGAUCAGCACUCGUCGUACUCUUCUUCCUCGUCGGAAGCCGACGAAUUGGAAGGCGCGCCGGAAGGGAGCUACUGCUUCUGGACGCCGAAAAUGAUUUCUCCGUCGUCGGUUACCGGAGCGUCGCCUUCGCCCGGUAGAUGCGAGAAGAGCAAUUCCACCGGAUCCUCGGCCUCGACGACGAAGCGGCGGUGGAGGCUGCGAGAUUUGCUGCGUAGAUCUAGCAGCGACGGGAAGGUGUGCUACUUGAUGGUCCAGCCAAACAGCGCUGGCGCCAGCAGUAGCAGCAGUAAUAAUCAUCACAGCGGCAAUAAUGAAGUCAAUUUGGGGAAAAGGAUAGAGGAGAAAUCGGCAGCCGAUCGGAAUGCGAAACCGUCGCCGGCGAGAGCUGCGAAAACGGCGGCGUCGGCGCACGAGUUGUUUUAUACGAAGAGCAGGGCGUUGAAAGAUGGGGAUCGGCGGCGGUCGUAUCUGCCGUACCGUCAGGAGCUUCUCGUCGGAUUCUUCUCUAAUGUGAACGGUUUCAGCAGGACGUUGACUCCAUUUUAGGGAUUUUUUUGUCGUUUUGGUUUCGAAUUACAAGGGAGAAAAUCCUAACAGAUGGAUUCAAGUUUGGAUCAUGAGGACGGCUGGAAAAUCUUACCGUUUCCUUUUGGUUUCUGUUUCAUUUUUUUUUGGAUAUUAAUCUCGUUCAUGUAAAUUAUUAAUUUUUUCUGUUAGUAGAUGAAUAAAAGAGUAGUUGAGCAAAAGUUGCACUUGCAUGUGACAUUUGUGUUCCCACAAAAUUUACGGCGACUAUGAUAUAGUAUCACUAAAUUUGCAAUAAUAAAUAAUUUUUUCCCCUUCUCUCAAGGAAAAUCUAUUAGCUAUUAAUUAAUUAAUUAGGAAUUG